AAUAUUUUUCUGACAAUUUUUUUUUAAAGAAAAGAUAUAAUUAUAGAUAAAUGAUAUCUAAUCUUUUUAACUUCUAAUAUCCUCCUUUUCUUUUUUUAAAUAUUCUCCUUUUUUUUUCAUGAAUUAAUCGAAAUGCCUUCAAUUGAUGAAUGGGAAUUAGCACUGAAACAAUAUGUUGAACUGGAUUCAUGGCCUGUUCAUUGGGGUGGUAAGUUAUGCGAAAAUGGUGACCCAAGAUGUCCAUCUAAAAUACGCUAUGGUCUUGGACCAAUUCCUGAUACAUGUUACAUUAAUCCAAAUGAUGCAAUGCCUGAUUAUGAUCAACUCACAACUGUUUAUGCCGGUGAAAAACAUCUCAUUGAGAUUAAAGUUGAAGCAAAUACACGAAUCAGCUGGCAGUAUAUGACAUCGGAGGAAGAUAUCGGUUUCGGUAUACACUUCGACAAAACGUCCAAAGCAAACAAUUUAAUUGAAAUGGAAACUGUUUUCCCAUACAUUAGGUUAGAAUGCUCACAAGUGCCUAUAUCUGGAUCUAUCCUGUGCGAACAAGCUGGAAGAUAUAUAAUCGAGUUUGACAAUUAUUAUUCAUGGUUCUCAGCAAAACAACUACGCUACAACAUCGAAAUAGAUCAGUUGUAA